UUGGUUCGGAUGUGAGAGCUUGGAGGCUUUUUUUUCGACGCAUAUUUUGUUCUUUUUUUCCCACUCCCAGCGCACUGAUUAUUGCCCAUGGAGCCUCAAUACAUCCAAGCUUUCAGCACAAAUCUCAUGACUGGCAACCGCGAAUUCCUCCACAGAAGGUGGAGCAUUGGACUAAAAAGCGCCGGCUGCUAUCCGCAGGGCAGUUUCCUGCAAGUCGUCACUAAACGCCGCUGGCGGAAUGCGAGAGCCAUUGGCCCGGGCUGAAGCUGAACGGACAGCUGUCAAACUAACACGGACUCUACGAACAAUCUCACUGGGACUGAGUCAACCCUGCGCACGGCCUGUGCAGUGCCCGGGAGAGCCAGCCCGAGAGAUCGAUUCAGUUGCAAGAUUGCGUGUGCAGACAGGCCACUCAAAUGGCUAAUCUUCUUGUUCAGAGGACUAUCCACAUCUCCACAACUCCAGUGUACAGGAAAGUUGUGUUUUCUUGCAAGACAAGACUUUGUCCUAAAUAACAUUUCCACAAGCAAACGCAGAGACUGUACAAACUUUCGUUUUGAAACUCCUGCUUAUCGAUUUCCCCGGUGAAUCUGAAAAUAUUGUGCCGUGGUCUGCGUCUAUCGUCAGAGACUAAGGUCUACCCGAAGAGGCCAUUGGAAGAAGAGUCACGUGACACCGGGUGCCAAUGUUAUUCUAUAAGGGUGUCAAGACCCUGUCAGUUUGUGAAAUAAAUAUUGGGAAACAACGAGAUGCAAAAAGCAACAUACUACGACAGCUCUGCAAUUUUCGGUGGUUACACAUACCAAGGAGCAAAUGGUUUUAACUACAAUGCCAAUCAGCAGCAAUAUCCGCCUUCAUCCCAUGUGGAAAAUGACUAUCACCGGCCUGCCUGCUCUCUACAGUCACCUGCUAGCAAUGUCCCUCAUCACAAGCCCAAUGAUAUUAAUGAGAGUUGCAUGCGAACCAGUGCCAACCAGACGAGCCAUCUCCCAGUUAUUCCAGAGCCACAGAAGCAACCACCACCUCCACCACCCCCACCCCCACCCCCACCCCCACCAUCUGUAUCCCCACCCCAAAGUGCUAGCAGCAACUCAAAUCAAUCCAGCACAAGCAAAAACCCCACACUUACCUCACAAACCACCAUUAGUAAACAAAUAUUCCCUUGGAUGAAAGAGUCACGCCAAAACGCCAAGCAAAAGACCAGCAGUUCUAGUUCAGUUGAAAGUUCUGCUGGUGAAAAAAGUCCUCCUGGCCCAGCUUCCAAGAGGGCACGCACAGCAUACACCAGUGCUCAGCUGGUGGAACUGGAGAAGGAGUUUCACUUUAAUCGCUACCUUUGCAGGCCCCGGAGGGUUGAAAUGGCCAAUUUGUUAAACCUCACUGAAAGACAAAUCAAAAUCUGGUUCCAGAAUCGUAGAAUGAAGUACAAAAAAGAUCAGAAAGCAAAAGGCAUGCUAACUUCUUCUGGAGGACAGUCGCCAUGCAGAAGUCCCAUCCCACCUUCAGCUGCAGGAGGAUAUGCAAACUCGAUGCAUUCCUUGGCAACCAGUACUCCAUAUGAUCCUCAUUCACCUACUUCCUUCAGCAAACCUCAUCAAAAUGCAUAUGCUAUUCCUACAUCUUAUCCUGGGCCUCUCAACAAUUGCCCACCUCCACAGAAGAGGUAUGUUGGGACAGCAGCUGUGACACCUGAAUAUGACACACACCCUCUUCAAGGCAAUGGUGGCUAUGGGACUCCUCAUUUACAGGGUAGCCCAGUGUACGUCGGAGGGAACUUUGUAGAAUCAAUGCCAAGCUCUGGGCCUUCUCUUUUCAGCUUAACCCACCUUGGCCACCCUCCCUCUGGAAACAUGGACUAUAAUGGUGGAGGGCCAAUGACCAGCAACCAUCAUCAUGGACCUUGUGACCCACAUCCCACAUACACAGACCUUUCUUCGCACCAUCCGUCUCAGGGAAGAAUUCAGGAAGCACCCAAACUGACCCAUCUGUAAUGGACAGUUGGCUCCUGGUGUACUAUCACUUUCUUAUGCAUUUAUGUCAUCUUACCUAUGAUUACAUUCCUCCUUUCACCCCUUUCUCCUUUUUGAUUUAGUAUCAAUCUUUAUAGUUUACAUGUAAUGGUGUUUCUAUAGACAACCAAUCCUUGCUUGUAUUGCUCUGUCUCUGGUUAGUGGUUGUUCUUUUCAUGGACUCCAGCCUUAGCAUUCAGUAGUAGAAGUGAAGUACUAAGGCUUCCAGAACUUUGCAUAUAUAAUCUUCUACUCUUAUGGAACAGGGUAUAUGAACAAAUUUUCUAAAAAAAAUACCUAAACGUGAAUUUGUUCGUGCUUUAUUUUUCCUUAUGAGGAACAGUAAAAUGGUUUAUAUUGCACUUCUUUACAUUGAAUGGUUAAACAAGAUCGAUGCGCCUGUACAGGGUCUCCCUGGGCAAAUAAGAGUUCUUGUCCAUCUUUCAGUAUGUGUGUAUGCUGGUGAACAUUCAAAUUUAUUUAUUUGCUCUUUCAAAGGAGAAUAAUCUAAGUGUUUAAAAUAUUAUUUAUCCCCAUUGACACAUAUUUAUAAAGAGAACUGUACAUUAACUAUUUACUUGGUUAUGUUCAGCCUUGUGUUUUAAGUCAUGGUAAAUAUAUGUUUUUUUAAUUCCUGUAAGAUACACAGAAAAGUAGUUUUCUGUUCAUAAUGUAAUAAAGAAAAGCAAUUUGGUCAAUUGUGGGAAUAAUGCCAAGAAAACAGAAUUUAGUCUGUAACUGUAGUAUUCUUAAAAUGAAACACAAAAUUGCCACAAUUUUGUUUUAGAUAUGCAUUCCAUGCUGCA